CCGUUUGAAGUUUUGCUGAACGAGGCGGCCAUUAGUCCACAGGUGCUGGGAAUGCCGUCAUAUAAAUCCUGUGCGCAGACUCCGUGUGCCGCUCGCAGAGCGCAUGUCCCCAGCCGGCACGCCCCGCCCUAGGCCGCAGCCCUUGAAGCUCACGUGAGCGAGGCAGUUGAGCAAACGCAGGAUGUUGGCACAGCAACGAGCGCGCAAGCGCCGUUUGGAGACCCAGUGGCCCAAACACGUGAGUUUUUCAGGAAUUGUCCAAAUGGAGGAAGAUAAACAUUGCAGUAAAGUUGAAGAUGUGGUUGGAAGUCAUGUGGAAGAUGCAGUAACAUUUUGGGCCCAGAGUAUCAGUAGAAAUAAGGAUAUUAUGAAGAUUGGUUGUUCACUGUCUGAAGUCUGUCCCCUUGCCAAUUCAGUUUUUGGGAAUCUUGAUCCAAAGAAGAUUUAUGGUGGAUUAUUUUCUGAAGAUAAAUGUUGGUACAGAUGCCAAGUACUGAAAGUCAUCAACGAUGAAAAGUGUCUGGUGAGAUAUAUUGACUAUGGAAAUACAGAAAUUCUGAAUCGAUCGGAUAUAGUAGAGAUUCCUUUGGAUCUGCAAUUUUCUAGUGUUGCCAAAAAGUAUAGACUUUGGGGACUACAGAUUCCUUCUGGCCAAGAAGUUACCCAGUUUGAUCAGGGCAGAACCUUUUUGGGGAGCUUGAUUUUUGAAAAGGAAAUUAAAAUGAGAAUUAAAGCUAUCUAUCAAGAUGGAACAGUAAUUGCUCAGGCUGAGUAUGGCAAUGUAGAUAUUGGGGAAGAGGUGGCUAAGAAAGGAUUUGCAGAAAAGUACAGACUCACUUCCAGCACUAAUAUCUGUGAGGAAAAAAAAUCAGAUCCUGGUCAGCUUGUCCUCAGGAACCUCAAAAGCCCCAUUCCUUUGUGGGGGCAUAGAUCAAGCCAAUCAACCUUCACCCGGCCAAAGGGGCGCUUAAGUGGGAGAAUGUCUCUUGACUUGAAGAAUGAAAAUGAUGCAGGAAAUAAUGUGACAUAUCCAAAGGAAAAUUUGGUUGUCAGUGACUUUAAUUUGGGGUCUAAUGUCAGCCUGGCGAAAAUUAAGCAGGACCAGAAACUGAUUGAAGAAAAUGAAAAACUUAAAACAGAGAAGGAGGUUCUUCUUGAAAGGUGCAAGGCGUUAGAAUUGAAAGUAGAACAGACUGCUCAGGAGCUGAAGCAAGAGAAAGCAACUACCAUGGAUUUGACUAAACGUUUGGAGAGCACUCUGAAGACUUAUAUAGGUACCAGAAUGAAAAAUCUGGCAGCUAAGGUUGAAAUAUUGAAAGAAAUUAGACGUGUCAGUAUCAGUGUUCGUUUUGGAACUGACCUUUCAGAUGCUAUACAAGUGUUGGCUGAAGACUGCUUUACUAUCCCAGCUUCUUUGAAUGAAUUAGAGCUAAUUUGGGCAGAAUAUAAUCUGGCUCAGGAGAAGAUUCAAACUUGUGAGAAUGUGAUUGAGGGGAAUAUUUUGAUUGCCGAAAGAAAUGAAGUACAACAGAAGCUGUACAUGGCAGUAGAAGUUUUUAUUCUGGAAGUUGAUGAGUUCUCUCUUAAUAAACGCUUAAAAACAUUGCAGGAUUUGUCAGCCUCUUUAGAAGCAGUAUAUGGACAGGCCAAAGAAGGAAUUAACUCUGAAGAAAUACUGGAUAAAUUUAAUGACUGGAGGUGUAAUAAAAGAGAGGAGUUCACCAGUGUUAGAAGUGAAACAGAGACUUGUAUACAACGUCUUGUAGCAUGGUUCCAGAGUACUUUAAAGGCGUUUGAUCUGUCUGGGGAAGAAUCACUGAUUUCUGAUGACACAAUUGAUAAUAUUGAUGAAAUCCUGGAGAAUACCGAGUCAGGUGUCUGCAAGGAGCUGGAGAUAUCUCAGAUUUUUAAGAAACAGAUUAUUGAAUGUUUAAAUAAGAGCCCCAGCGUGGAUCACUUGCUCUCCAUUAAAAAGACACUGAAAAGCUUAAAGGCUCGACUGAGAUGGAAAUUGGUUGAAAAGAAUAAUUUGGAAGAAUCUGAUGACCAUGAUGGAUCUGAGAUUGAAAAAAUAAAACAAGAAAUAACUCAGUUACGGAAUAGUGUCUUUCAGAGAAUUUAUCAUGAGCAGGAGGAAUAUGCGAAGUUGAGUAGCUUAGUACAAAAAUGGUUCCCUGAGCUUCCUCUACUUCAUCCUGAAAUAGGAUUACUUAAGUACAUGAACUCUGGUGGUCUUCUUACAAUGAGCUUGGAAAGAGAUCUUCUUGAUUCUGAGCCUAUGAAGGAGCUUAGCAGCAAGCGUCCUUUGAUUCGUUCUGAGGUUAACGGGCAGAUAAUUCUUUUAAAGGGCUAUUCUGUGGAUGUCGACACGGAAGCCAGGGUAAUUCAGAGAGCAGCCGCCUAUCACAGAGCUUGGAGAGAAGCUAAAGGAGAAUCUGGGUUGCUACCACUGAUAUUCUUAUUUUUGUGUAAGUCUGAUCCUAUGGCUUAUCUGAUGGUCCCAUAUUAUCCUAGGGCAAGUCUGAAUGCUGUUCAGUCCAGCAUGCCUUUAACUUCAGAAGAAGCUUUAAAGGUCAUGAAAGGUGUAGCCCAGGGUCUUCAUACAUUGCACAAGGCUGAUAUAAUUCAUGGAUCACUUCAUCAGAACAAUGUUUUUGCUUUAAACCGUCAACAUGGAAUUGUUGGAGAUUUUGACUUCACCAAAUCUGUG